GCCAGUUUGUUUUUAUCCAUCUGUGCCGGUCGGCAGAUUCAGAUCUUCGCUGUAGACGGACGCUUGAGAAUUGACUGAAGUUUUGUGUGCGCGCGCAAUUGUUGUUAAUUUUUCGUCAAUUUUGAUAUUCGUCUCCUUUUGUUACGUGCCGGCCGUGCGCCGCCUGCAUAUGCGUGUGUGUGCGCGCUUGCUUGUGUGUGCGUGUUGAGUGCAUAUGUGCAUCUGUGUCUGUGGAAGCGCGCAGACAACAAAAGAAAAUUUACCGGUCCACCUUCAGCGCUUCCUUGCCCUUGCCCAAUGCCGUUAUUCGCACUGCCAAAAUAACCAAUCGAAUUUUUUUCGCAUUCAAGUUGAAUAUUUUACAACUCAACUCGCUAAACACGUUUCUAUAUUAUAAAUUGGACCAACAAUUUAGCACAAUAAUGGCGUUGAUAAGACUGGCAAGACAACUGGGCCUGAUAGACACGUUGUAUGUGGAGGGUGGACGACCAGAUCCUGCGAACGCCUUGGAUGAACUGCAGAACGAGGCCGAUAUCAGCAUCAACGGUGUUUCCGGUGACGUUGCCACAACAGCCCAAGCUCAAGCUGCAGCCGCAGCCGCAGCCUCAGCUGGCGUCAAGACAAAGAAAUCACGCAAAUCCAAACAGUUGGCAAUGCAGCCAUUUAGUUAUGUGAUUGCCGUUGACUUUGAGGCCACAUGUUGGGAGAAGCAGGCGCCGCCGCAGUGGCGGGAAGCAGAGAUCAUAGAGUUUCCAGCGGUGCUCGUCAAUCUGAAAACGGGCAAGAUCGAGUCGGAAUUCCACAAGUAUAUCAUGCCGAUCGAGUCACCGCGCCUGAGCACCUACUGCACUGAGCUAACGGGCAUCGAGCAGAAGACUGUGGACACAGGUGUGCCGCUGCAGACGGCGCUAAUGAUGUUCCACGAGUGGCUGCGCAAGGAGCUGCGCUCUCGGAGUCUGAUACUGCCCAAGACGAGCAAGUCGAACUUGCUGGGCAAUUGCGCCUUCGUCACCUGGACCGACUGGGACUUUGGCAUCUGCCUGCACAAGGAGUGCACACGGAAGCGCAUGCGCAAGGCGCCCUACUUCAAUCAGUGGGUCGACGUGCGCGCCAUCUACCGCGAAUGGUACAAGUAUCGGCCGUGCAACUUCAGCGAUGCCCUCUCCCACGUGGGCUUGGCCUUUGAGGGGCGUGCGCAUUCGGGCAUCGACGAUGCCAAGAAUCUGGGCGCUCUCAUGUACAAAAUGGUCAGAGAUGGUGCCCUCUUCUCCAUUACCAAGGAUCUGACGCCAUAUCAGACACUGAAUCCCAAUUGUAUAUUGUGAACCAGCGUUCGAGCGAACUCCCUCCAAGAGAUAUCCAAUGAAAACAGAAAAGAAAAACCAAUGCACUUAGUUACUGACUUUUAAUAAACAAUUAAUAUUACGUAGCUGGCGAUGAUAGAUCGACAGUUCUUAAUGUGAGAGCAGCCUGCAAAAUGUUCGUGUGCGUGUGGCAAAUUUCGAGAUGAGUUCUGCAAAGGCAAUUGAUAAGACUUGAAAAUUCGACGAAUUGUUUCAAAUGAUGCUGCAUGGCCCCAGCGCGCACUCCUCUCUCUCUCCGUUUGUGUGUGUGUGUGUGUGCGUGUGUGUGAGUGCGCCUGGGGAAUGCAGCAUCUAAUAUAUUUAUAUACACAUACAUAUGGCCAUAGAGCAUAUUUUUCUACUAUUCAUAUUUAAUAAUGCAUAGUUAAUAGUGUCUAUACUGCGUAUAUGGAAUAUCAUACUUAUGUUCAUUGUCUUACACGGCCUGCAACAUUUAGCUAUAAGCAGCAUUACUAAUAAAACGACAAUAGAUAUAUUCAAGAGAUAAAAA